CCGCAAUUGGACUGUAAAUUUUACGGCUCUGGCCAUUGGUCCGGAGACACCUGUCACGUGACUCCAGCUGUCAAAUUAAAGUUAAAUAGACAAGAAGGAAAAUCGCAACAACAACAAUCCACACAUUCACCACAAGUUUUGCCGGCGAAACUUACGAAUUUUUAUUGAAGUAAUUAAUUGAUUUAUUUAUUUAUUUGAUAAUGGAAGACGUAACAAUAAGACAAGCGUUUUUGAAAUUAAAACCGCUCUGUGAUUGUUUGAUGCAAGACCCAACUGUCAAAAACGCAAUUGAAGUUGAACGUUGUGUCAAAACUUUACCCAAGUCAGUCACUCAAAAUUUAAUGGAAUAUAUUUUAUUUCCAGUAAUUAUUCAUCUGCAAAAUAAUACGAGCAAAGAUAUUAAAUUACACUUGAUAUGCAUCGUAAGAGAAGUCAUUCCCAAAGUGCGAUUUUAUAAACUUGAGUUUUUUAAUAAACUCUACAUAUCUUUAAUUGCAUCUAUCUAUGAUUCUACACAAAAUACCUUAGUUAUUCAAUCACAUGAAGAGUUGAAAGAAUGCGUUGUUGAUUGUUUGAAAUAUUUAAUUGUCAACGCAUCGAUGGAUGUAAUCGAAGAAUUUUAUACACGCGAUAAUGCUGCUAAAAUUAGCCAGAGUAUUCAUACUUGUUUAUCAAUUGCAAGAAAUGAAAAAUCCCCUUCAUUACGAGUUGCCGCCUUGGAAGCGUUGAUAUCUCUGUCGUAUGUCCACGAUGGUGUUGAUCCAGCAGAAGUUGUCUUACGCAAUGACGUAGCAAAUAUCAUAAUGUUAUUUUUGCCUGGCAUCGUAAAAGGACUCCAGGAAAUUUAUCAAGGAAGCGACAUUCAAAAUCAUAAAGUCACGAUGACGGCAGUAAAAGCACUGGGGAGAAUCGUAGCUCUAGUGAUGGAGGAUUUAAUUAAAAACACAGAAGUAUCGAAUCUUCAAACUCUGCAAUCAACUCUGAAGUCUACAUCAGAUCCACUGGGGAUUCAACUAAAACAGGAAGGCCGUCAGGGUAUGGAGAAGCACAUAAAGACAGUAGUGCGCAAUCAGGAAUGGCUGGAUGCCGCAGCAGAAAAACUUCAAGCGCCGAUGCGCGACUUGAUGAAUUUAACAAAACACUCGCACUAUAAAGUACGGAAGGAAUUAGCAGUAGCGGUAGUUUUGCUGAUCACAAAGUGCCCGGUAAAUUUGUAUAAAAGUUUUGCUGAGCUGAUUGAAAUCUUGAUAACGCUGUCAGAAGAUGAUGUCCAAGAAGUACGAGAGCUAGCAAACGCAUCAUUGAAUCAAGUUAACGGUAUAGUAACUCAGUACAACAUGAAGUCAAUUGUUGAAAUACUCCAGGAAAAAUUUUACAAGCUUUUGAUAGAACUGCCCCGACUUAUACGAAGAUCAGACGACGCCACACAGUUGUCGUACUUGAAUAAACUGGCCGGUUACUUGAGGCUUUUUGGAAAGGAACGACUUCCUCUAAUAAUGAAUUCCAUUGAUUAUUUGAGACGAUUAAUUUUGUCGCUUAUUUAUGUAGCCGAGCUCGAUUGCAGUGACGUUACUAUUCUUGAAGAAAAUCAAUCACGAACUAUCGAAGACACUGUUGACUCACGUCGUUCGUGGAAGAAAUUCAAGUUCAUUCGCGACUCAACCACCGAAGAUAAAUUAAUACUCAUUUGUAAUCUCCUAAGUACUCUUAGUGAUUUAAAUAAUUUAGUCAACAGUAUCUUUGAUUUAAUUACCGACAUGCCUCACUAUCGGAAAGAAUUAAUUUUGCUGUUAAACUGGAUACUUAAGUCUACUCACGACGCACCUGUUUCUUUACAUCAGCGAGUUGUUGAAUACUAUACAGAUCCUGAACUUUGGUAUCUCCCUACCCAAGAAGAUGCUCCGCUUCGCAAACUGCAGUACAAUAUCGUAGAGUCUUGCUUGCUGACAGAAGGUCUAGGAAUUGUGGCAUCGGUACUUGGAAAAAAUUACCAUCAGUUUCUUCUGAAGACUCUGUACUUGGUGAUUGAGAGAGCAGGCAGCGGACAUGGGGUGAUAAGUCUCGUGGGUCUUCAAACUCUUGACCACAUCGCUAAUUCCCAAGGGAACAUGAGUAUCGCUGACCUGAUUCGCGACAACGUAGACUACAUUUCUUACCACGUUACCAUUAAAUUAAGAUCCGUUGAUAAAAACCCUGGGGUACUUAAUGUCGUCACGGUUGUCAUGAAGUACAGCACGAUGGACGUGCUGCCUUGUUUGAAAGAAAUUGUUGAAGAUGCUUUAGCUCAACUGGCUGCUAAUUCACAAAAGUCAAAUGUUUAUUCAUUACUCAAAGUUCUUUACACGUUUACCGUUUGCCUGAAGCAGUUGCUGGGGAUCAGUGACAGAAAAAAUCAAAAGGAUGAAGGGAGCGAGACAAAUAUUGCUGAGAAGGUGAUACAAGAAUUAUUGGAGCACCAUGAGUCAAAAAGAGUUUCCGAGCAGCUGGAAAAUGAUGAUCUGGGCGGCAGUCCUGAGGACAUUUUGAAAGAAAUUGAAAGUAAAGAGUAUGAGGAUCCGGAUUAUAAUGAAGCAGAAGAAAACAAAGAGCCUCCGAUGCAUGUAAAAAUAAUCGAGAGUAUAAUGAAACAGUGUCUGCAUUUCCUGCCGUCAAAAGACACAGCCAAAGUUAUACUGACCAUGCAAACGCUUGAAGAAGGACUUAGCAUUCUUGCUGAUUGGACUGAUCAGUUGCUGCCUAUCGUCCACGAAAUUUGGCAUCCUCUAGUCGACCGGUUUCAAGACUCGAAUGUGCUCAUUAUUAACCGCGCGUGGCAGAUGCUUUACACUCUCGCUUACCUGUCAAAAGAUUUUAUCAGAACUCGCACUCUCCAACAAGUGUCUCCGGGUCUGGCGAAAUUCCUAGACAAGGCAGCUAAAGACAGUUACAGAAAAGAUUCAAAUAACGCAUACAAGUUUACCCAAAUAUUUAAAUUACAGAGAUUACUUCUCAUGGAGAUGGGACAGGUCGCGCGGUAUCUUAAGCUCCAGGAGCCGGAUCUCUGGAAAUUAGUCACCAUUACCGAGCCUUAUUUGAACUGUUGGCAACACCCAGAGCUGCAGGAAUGUUGCGUAAAUUUGUACAAAGAAAUAGCGGAUUUAAAUGGGGACAUUGUUUGGGUCAAGUGCAUCAGCCUUUGGCACUCCCACGUACGGCCGAUCCCGAACACAGAUUUUAGUAUCGAUAAAUUAGAGUUUGAAAAAUUGAGUGACAGUGGCAAUAAAUAUGUUAAGAAUUUAAGAGAAAUAUUUCGAUAUUUAGAUGAUAAGAUACGAAGUAUUGACAGAUGA